CUGAGAUAAACUUAACAGCAGGUUUGCAUCUUCACCCAUCUUUCUGCAUUUUUAGCCAAGCAUUUUAAUGGGUUGCUGAUGAGGUCCUCUAUGCUUCAGUAAACUUCACUCAAAAGAAAAUAAAGUUUUGGAGAUGGAGAGCAAGCAGUCCACAGUGUCAAAUGAGGAUGUCACUUAUGCAGAGGUUAAAAUCGUAAAUCCUUUGAAACAACAGAAACAGCAGAAAGAGUCUCAAGCAGACAACACUAAAGAUGUUGCCUAUGCAGAGGUGACAUUUAAAAAAACAUUGAAUCCACAGCAUAAAAAUCCAGGCUCCCAAGCAGGUAUCCAUGAUUUACGGAAAAGUGAUGCAGAAAGUGAUGCCUGCAGCAGUAUAGACAGGAAGGUGCCCGAAACUGACAAGCUGUCAAUAAGAGACAAAAGUACUGAUGUGUUAGUACAUCGUAUUGUUAAGAAAAGGAAGAAAUGUUUAUUAUGGUGGUCGAUGUUCCUGUGUGCUGUGUUUGUGGCUGCCAUAAUUGUCUUUGUGCUUUAUGUCAUUGAAACUAAAUACAAAAAUAAUGAAGACAAACUGCAAAGCAAACUUUCUGUUACCACAGAAGAGCUGAGGCUGUUACAACACAAUUUAACACUCCUUAAGAGUCAUCUGUCAAAUCUGACUUCAGUUUUUGAUAAAUACUGUUCUGUAAGAAGUACCUCAGCACAAGAAUGGCAAUGUGCCUUCUGCCCAAAGAGCUGGCUCCUAUUCAACACAAAAUGUUACUACUUCUCCACUAAUAGACUGACUUGGAAAGACAGUCGUGAUUUCUGCACAUCAAUGGGGGGUCACCUGGUCAUCAUAGAGAGUGAAGAGGAGCAGAACUUCUUACUGAAUAAGACAGCAAAAACAACGGACAACUCGUACUGGAUUGGACUGACUGAUCAAAAGAUAGAAAACAAGUUCUUCUGGGUGAACAAUGAAAGUCUGAAUGAAAAUAAAACAUUUUGGGCGAAAAGGGAUGAUGGUGGAACUGAGCCAGAUGACUAUAAAGAGAAAGGAAACGGUCAAGAAGGAGAGGACUGUGUGCACUUAUUCAAUACCACAAUAAACUACGGGUGGUAUGAUGCAUGGUGUACUGCUACCAAACAAAUGAUCUGUGAAGCAGAUACCACUGUUAUCCAUUUUUAACAUAUAAGUGAGUCAAAAGCCAUCCGUUCACCUGCUACUAAUCCUGCAUGUUACAUUCAUCUUAGAUGGACGCCCUCAAACCAAAGAGAAGUUGCACUCCUGAAGGCACAGAACACCAACUCUACUACUCAAGUGUCCCUUUAAUACAGGGGACUAAACAUAAAAGUGAUGUAUUUUGUGGUGAGAAGCUUAUGUUAGCCUUCCACACCCAGAAAUAACACCAAGAUGCAAGACUAAGGAGCGUUUAUUAAACAAGAAACCUGAAAGAAGAGUAACAACAAAAAUCUUCAGCGUCUCUGUACAUGCUUAAAUGGGAUUUAAAAUCCUUUUCUAAUCAGUAGGGAGGCUAGACUAUCAAAUAAAAACGCUCACUCCCUUUUUUAUAUAUUUUAACUUCUUAUAAAUACCUGUAAUGCAUGCAUUUUCUGAUGAAAAAUGACAUUCCUAAAUGCUUAAUGGAUUUGCAGAGUCUGAGAGAUAUAAUGUUUAAAUUACUUUGUAUUGAUAAGAUUUCUGUCUUCCCAGUCACAGUCUUCUGCUCCUUUAGAAGUGUUCUGAAGCUUUCUUAGAGAUACAGUAUUCCACCAGCGUAUAUGAAAUACAUUCCUGGCUCCUUUCCAUAUUGUUAUUCCUUGGACAACCCUGGUAGUAGAGAGUGCUAAGUGGGUGUCUUGAACUGCUGCUACACCAAACCUCUGGUCUGAUUCUCAUUUUUGUAACUUUUAAAAAGAACCAAAGAACUUAAUGCCCGACUAAAACUCAAAACUCAUAAUUUCAAAUCUUCAAUUUGGAAAACCACAAGAAAGAAAGCGUGUCCCAAACUUAGAAUACCUGCUUGUAAACUCACUCAAAUCUGAGUUCAUCCAACUUCAGAUUAUGAUGUCAGUCCAAAAUGGCAAUCUACACCGUGAUCAGUAAGGAGUAAAACUUGACAGGUUUCACUUGUUUAUUAGAAAAAGAUACUUUAAAUAAAUCACCUCAUUCCAUAAUACUAAACACUGAGAAGGUAAAAGUUAACAUUACCAGAAUGAAUGUUAACAAACUAACUGAGGUUAGCUUAACACAUGAAACUGUCCGUAUAUAUUCAGCUCAAUGGUUCCUUUGUGCAGUUUUUUAAACUUAGUUUCCAAGCAGAAAUAGUACUUUUUAUCAUGGCCAAGAGCUUAGAAAUCUUUUUUAGAUGACAUACUUUUGGCAACUUUCUUACUUUUUGGUUUUGUUUUCUAUCCAGAGUAUUGAACUACUAGUUAGCGUUUGUUUCUGAAACACCAGCUUUUAAUGGGGCUUUUUGUUUACUUUCCCACUAGUGCAGUGCAAACGUGAAGAUAUCACAAAUGACUUUUGACCUCCCAGCUCUGCAGUAUAACAAAUGCAGCAUCAUUUUUUUUUCCAGUAUGGAAUUUUAAAUGAAGUCAACUUACACAAUCUAUAAUAAUAAUCUAUUGUGAAUAAAAAUUAUAUAUAGAUGUGUUUUGAUGUUGUAAUUUUAUAUACAUUUUAUGUGAAUCUGAAAAUCUAUCAAUGGUUUCACAUACAUUUCCUAUGUAUCCCACUUCUCAUUGUACUUAUUUUUAUAUAUGCCAACUAUAUGUGCCCAUUCUAAGAGGGGAAUUAUCAUCUAUCAGCCUCAUCUUUCUUUUAAAAUUUGCCUCUUAAGAAUUCAACAGGGUGGUUCAAGAUCAAGGAUGAUCAUGCUAUUGUGUGACUACCAUAUAAAAGAGCUGGCACUCGUUCAUUGUGCCUAUGUUUUCUGACACUUGAUUGAA